GACCCAGCCCACUUCCUAGGCAUGAGUAAUUGCAAGAGAAAAGCGCUAUAAUCAUCAUGGACAACAAAUGUUUACAAAGGAUUGCGUUCAAUGAAGAACUAAAACAUUCUUAUGAUCAAUGAGGUACAUUUAAAUGAUAAAAGUGAAGAAUGGUGUAUCUUUAGAUGUAUCAUAUUCUAGGUGUUUGUUAACAAACCAAAACGUGCCAUUCUUGAACAACGGGGACAUGGAUGAGUCAUCCCCAUGUGUCGUUUUGCAGAUAACCAUCUCUAGAUAACUUCAGAACAUUUUUGAAUUUCUGAAGCUUUUUGAUUUUCGCUUAUUACCUAUGGGACAAUUGUGAUCAGAUUUGGAGAUGAUGCCUGGUCCAAAGUAAACCACGUUUUCAACGCAUGCAACCUUGUCGCGAUGCAUGAUGACAGGACAUAGAUUUACAAAAGUGCUGGAUUGGAAGUUGACUGUCGGCACCACAUUUUAUACAGUUAAGCUGACAACUGCAAUGCAAUGGCAGUAAUGGAAAAUCUCUUCUGACUUGCCCUUCGUAAAGAUGGUGAUCUAAAAGCUUGUGGAGGCAAUUUAUCCUGCUCGUCAAAUGGUCUUUUCCAGAAGGAUGUUUUGGACUGACGGAGAGUGUAUCUGAAAUCUGUGCAAGGCUGUUGGGCAAAGACUCUCCCCUUACGCCGCGGAGACGUCCCCUCCACGUCCAUCUCCAUCCCAUUUAGCCACAGUAGCCAUAUCCUGAUAACUGGCUCCAAGAUGGAUCCUUUGGAAAGAAUGCACUUCACCACUAUCGACUAUGUCAUAUUUGCCCUCUUGCUGGUGGCAUCCAUGGGCAUAGGGCUGUAUUACGCCCUGUCAGGGGAUCGGCAGCGCACCACUCAGGAGUUCCUGCUAGCGGACCGGAGCAUGAGCUGCCUUCCUGUAUCCCUGUCACUUAUCGCUACAUUUCAGUCAGCGGUGGCUAUAGUGGGCGUGCCGGCAGAGAUCUAUACCCAUGGCACUCAGUACUGGUUCAUAGGCUGUGCUUACAUCUUGGGCCUAUUAAUUCCAGCACAUGUUUUCAUUCCUGUGUUCUACAGGCUGCAUCUUACCAGCGCUUACCAGUAUCUGGAACUGCGCUUUAGCAAACCAGUGCGUAUCUGUGGAACACUUACCUUCAUCUUUCAGACAGUCAUCUAUAUGGGUGUUUGUGUGUACACUCCGGCCCUAGCACUCAAUGCAGUUACUGGCUUUGAUCUAUGGGGAGCAGUACUGGCCACUGGACUGGUGUGUACACUGUAUACUACUCUGGGAGGCCUGAAGGCAGUGAUCUGGACAGAUGUCUUCCAGACCAUAGUGAUGUUUGCUGGCCAGCUGGCGGUCAUCGUGGUGGGGGUCCAGCAGACUGGAGGGUUAGCAGAGGUCUGGAGGAAGGUCUGGGAGGGGAACCGUAUCUCUGGCAUAGACCUGAAUCCUGACCCUACGGAGAGGUACACAUUCUGGACCCUGGGGGUGGGAGGGAUCUUCCUGAUGCUGUCUCUGUACGGGGUCAACCAGGCCCAGGUCCAGAGAUACCUCAGCUCCAAGACCGAGCGGGAAGCCAUCAUGUCUUGCUACAUGGUGUUUCCCUUUCUACAGGUAGCUCUAGCUCUGAGCUGUGUCAUGGGGCUGGUCAUGUUUGCGCGUUACUGUGGGGAGGACCAAUUUCACAAAAUAGGCAACUUAUCAAAAAAUGAGAUGGUGUUAUACUUUGUUAUGGACAUGCUGCAGGAUCUACCUGGUCUGUCUGGACUGUUUAUAGCUUGCGUAUUUAGUGCAGCUCUCAGCACCAUCUCGUCAGCCUUUAACUCUCUGGCCACAGUGACCUUGGAGGACCUGAUCAAACCACACUGCUCAUCCAUGACAGAGGCCAGGGCCACCCUGCUCUCCAAGGGACUGGCAUGUUCAUAUGGAUUGAUGUGCCUGGCUAUGGCCUAUUUAACCCACUUGAUGAGUGAUUCCGUUUUGCAAGCUGCUUUCAAAAUCUUUGGAAUGGUUGGUGGUCCUCUUCUUGGCAUCUUCUGUCUCGGGAUGUUCUUUCCUUGGGCUAACUCUACUGGUGCCCUGGCGGGUUUGGGGUCAGGCCUGGUGAUGGCCUUCUGGGUGGGCAUCGGGAGCAUCGUAACCCGUACCUCUGGUGGUCCUGCUGCUGUGUCUCAUUUCAACUGCACUGCUGUACAACUCUCAGAAAACAUCACCACAGCCAUAGGGACUGCACUCAAUAGUACUGCUGUGCCUACUAGUACAUCCAGAUUCCGUCUCUCACAGUUGAAGUGUACCUAUGAAUCAAAUUACAGACCUCUACAUGCAUUCCAACCAAUGGGUCUGCAGAGAUUCUACUCCUUAUCCUUCAUGUGGUACAGUGCUCUCAGCUCUUUCACUGUGGUGAUCACAGGGUUGAUUGUUAGCUUUCUCACAGGACCAAUGAAAGAGGAGGAUGUGACCCCAGGCACUCUGUAUCCUCUGUUGGGCAACAUGCUGUUCUUUGUACCAGAUAACCUCAAACAAAAUCUGUGCUGCGCCACCCCACUGGAGCACAGGGAAUGUCCACCUGCACAACACAAGGAAAAUAAUGUUCAGGCCGUCUACACAGAAGAAGAAGAAGAGGAGAGGCUGAACUUUCUUCCCACUUCUCCCACACCUGUUACGGAACACGAGACAACUGUCUGAUGCACAGAGACACUUCCAUAACCUCAUGUUAUGUCGUGGCACACGGGGCAGUGAAAUGGUCCACACCAUUUUAUGUCACUGUUUUUCACAGAGGACCUGUUCUUUUGAGGAGAUGUGAUGUCGGGAGUGACUCUUAUUUUAAAACUUUGCUUCAGGUUUGUAAUUCAAGUGACUGGAUAAAAAAUGCACUGGGACUGUACAUGUAUAUUGUACAUGACGCAUGGCAAUACCAAAUGUACGUAGAGUAUUACGUAUUCUGGAAAUCAAAAGAUUUUGUAUUUUUUAAUUUUUUUUAUUUCACCUUUAUUUAACCAGGUAGGCUAGUUGAGAACAGGUUCUCAUUUGCAACUGCGACCUGGCCAAGAUAAAGCAUAGCAGUGUGAACAGACAAUACAGAGUUACACAUGGAGUAAACAAUUAACAAGUCAAUAACACAGAGAAAAAAGGGGAGUCUAUAUACAAUGUGUGCAAAAGGCAUGAGGAGGUAGGCGAAUAAUUACAAUAUUGCAGAUUAACACUGGAGUGAUAAAUGAUCAGAUGAUCAUGUACAGGUAGCGAUAUUGGUGUGCAAAAUAGCAGAAAAGUAAAUAAAUAAAAACUGUGGGGAUGAGGUAGGUGAAAAUGGGUGUGCUAUUUACCAAUAGAUUAUGUACAGCUGCAGCAAUCGGUUAGCUGCUCAGCUAGCUGAUGUUUGAAGUUGGUGAGGGAGAUAAAAGUCUCCAACUUCAGCGAUUUUUGCAAUUCGUUCCAGUCACAGGCAGCAGAGUACUGGAACAAAAGGCGGCCGAAUGAGGUGUUGGCUUUAGGGAUGAUCAAUGAGAUACACCUGCUGGAGCGCGUGCUACGGAUGGGUGUUGCCAUCGUGACCAGUGAGCUGAGAUAAGGCGGAGCUUUGCCUAGCAUGGCCUUGUAGAUGACCUGGAGCCAGUGGGUCUGGCGACGAAUAUGUAGCGAGGGCCAGCCGACUAGAGCAUACAAGUCACAGUGGUGGGUAGUAUAAGGUGCUUUAGUGACAAAACGGAUGGCACUGUGAUAAACUGCAUCCAGUUUGCUGAGUAGAGUGUUGGAAGCAAUUUUGUAGAUGACGUCACCGAAGUCGAGGAUCGGUAGGAUAGUCAGUUUUACUAGGGUAAGCUUGGCAGCGUGAGUGAAGGAGGCUUUGUUGCGGAAUAGAAAGCCGAUUCUUGAUUUGAUAAACCCGAGGCCAUAUUAUCUAGUUCUGAGGAAUUCAGAUUUGAAUGGACCGGAUGUAUAAAUGCAAAAUAUCUGGUUUAUGUUUCCUCUCAUUACCACAUAUUACCACACAUUACCACAGAUAAGAGGAAACCCAGAGGCCGGCAGUGGGAGCAGAAUGGUUUUGGCCGACAUUCUGCCAAUUUUCUCAACGACCAAACAUUUUAUGUCCAAACAGUUUUCUGUUUCUAAAACUACAAUCUGUAACCAACUGAAAGGACUGAAUUUUGUAGACUUUACCCUUUGCCAAAGUUUGAAAAAAGUUAAGGAGUGCAAGGGUGAAUUGAGUUAUUGCACACCCACACUUUAGAAUAGGCAACAGAAAUAUGCAAAUAAAUGCUAGAACGUGCCAAUGGGAUCUCACUAGCUUGUGCUUGUCCUGCCCACUCUGAUUAAUUUGCUCCCAUUGGAAAAUACAGGCUCUGUUCAAUCUUGGGUUAGUUAUAUAUUUGAUAUCACUAUGCUACUGUCAAUGAGAAAUAUCUUUAAUUUGUGGAACUGAGUAGUUCUUUCAGUAAUGUGAUCCGGUGAACAACUUUGUCAUGUUGGCCUGUUGUGUCGAAGCAGAAAAUAUUUUUGUAAAAUUAUACUGAGACUGUUUUGUUAGAAAAUAAAAUCUUAAACAUUUCAAUGUA